AUGAUCAAGGACUCUCCAGACCCUAUUAUGGCAGAGAACAAGAGAGCUGACAGAGCCCUGAGUGCUCUUAGGUGUACUGCUAUCCCUGCAUGUAAGAGCAAGCAGCUUCUGAUUAUCUUUGCUGAUGGGGACAGUCAGCAAGGGCGUAUGGACGCCUACCCUGUGCGGGAUGCAAGGUCAGUGACGCCAAGAACGCAGAGAAAACACGCCCAGGAGGAGUUGCUGCGCAGAGGUGAGGGCUACAGCUCUCUGCCUGUGGGGUGGGCGAGCGGCCGGCAUGGUGCUCUCGGCGAGUCUUGGGGUUCACCUGACAGCCUGCUGGUGGUGCUUUGGGGAGGCUCCUGUACCCAUGGGCGGCAGAGCAACGUGAGCAUCAUCACUCACGAAAACUGGAAAGAGUUGUUGGAAGGGGAAUGGGUGAUAGAAUUUUACGCUCCAUGGUGUCCUGCUUGUCAAAGUCUACAACCAGAAUGGGAAAGUUUUGCAGAGUGGGGAGACGAUCUUGAGGUCAGUGUUGCAAAAGUAGAUGUCACAGAACAGCCGGGACUGAGUGGACGAUUUAUCAUCACUGCCCUUCCUACUGUUUAUCAUCGUAAAGAUGGUGAAUUCAGGCACUAUCAGGGCCCAAGGACUAAGAAGGACUUCAUGAAUUAUAUAAGUGAAAAAGAAUGGAAGAGUAUUGAACCAGUUUCAACAUGGUUGGGUCCAGGUUCUAUUCUGAUGUGUAGUAUGCCAGCACUCUUUCAGCUGUCUGUGUGGAUCAGGACUUGCCGUAACUAUUUUGUUGAAGACCUUGGAUUUAGUUUGGGAUCAUAUGCAGUUUUUGCUUUGGCAACUCUGCUUUCGGGAUUAGUGUUAGGACUUUUAUGGGUCAGUGUAUGGGACUUGUUAAUACACGGACUUCCGUGUCCCACUUCUGGGGAAGUGCAAAUGAACAUAUUUGAGCCUGUGCAUAACAAGCAGAAGGAGCCUGAGACUUAUUUUGGGUUACCCAGUGGUACUGAGAUGUCCCCCUGCUUCAGUACAGCUUGGCGACAGAUUAAGAAAAUGAGUUAUGUAGUUGUCCUCAACCAGCAAAUCAUCAUAACCAGUAAAAUGUGGCAAGCCUCCAUGGCUGUCUUUGAUGAAGUCAUUUACCUUGGUGCCAGCAGAGGAAUAGGGGGAGAGUGCACCUGGAAGCUACAGAAUAAGGAAAAGAAGAAAGAGCCCAUAGGGUCGUGUGAAGAAGAAAUGAAUCGCCUCAGAAGCGCUGAGACUGGGGCCGUAUAUGCGCUGUGUGAUUUUUCUUGUGUCUUCAUCCUGAGACCCAUUGAUAAAGCGGUGGACUCAUUCAGGAAGAAUCCUCUGUUGUCUUUUGCUCUUGAUCCUCCCUGUCUCCACGGGUAUGGGGCAGGACAGCCGGAGCGCCCAUUUAAUCAGUGUCUGCAGACAGCCCCCACCUACCUCUGUACCAUCAGAAAGCCCCAGCGCAUGCUGUUUGAAAUGCCCAUGACACGAAGGUAUAGGAAGCAUUCCUCGUAUGUUGUGUGCACACAAGCAGGUGGAGGGAACCGGAGAAGAUCCAAUUACCAACUGAUGGUUCAAACUGGCACUGCAGUUACAGCUACAGUUACAGUUACAGCUGACAGGCAAGGAAAUCCUUUUCGAGGUAAAAUAAGAGCAUACGGGGUAAGUAGACUUAUCCCGGGGAGUCCCUCUGAAUCACAGGAAAAGGAAGGAUCAGAAGGGGGUUCUAGCAGCCGAGAGAGCACCAGACUGGGGUCAGCUUUAGAUCGCAGUGAAGAGGCCACGCCGGGCCUCAGGUGCCAAGGUCUUCCCACGUAUUCCUUGCCAGCUGAGGUAACAGUGGGGCUGUCUGUGUGGAAUAGCCAGCAGGAAAGGGAUCCAGGUGUGCAGGUGCUCACUGCCUAUGAGCCCUGCUCCAGUCUAUGCAUUCUGUUGCUAAUUUUGAAGACUUCUUUUCAUAUGAGGAUUUUGGCUGAAGUUUAG